UCAAUUCAUGGAAUCCGUUGUAAUAAAGGUUUUUUUUUGUGUGUAAUCGAUAAGUUCAAUACUGUAGAAUUUUUAACGAAAAUAUUCCAUCAAAAGAUAAAAAAAAUAUUCAGUUUAUUUCAUUAGCAAAGGCAUAGCGCAAAAAUAUUUUCUCUUGUUCGUCAAAAUUUUCAACAAAAAACAAAUUUAAAAUUUGUAACCAAGAAAUGCUUUAAUAUUUGCCGGAAAUCUAUACUAGUAACAUUUUUAAAUAGUAUUUUGUAAUACAAAACUUCGCGCAGCAAUUUUUGACUAGCUGUGUAUUUAAAAUUUUCACAAAAAAAAAACGGAAAACGCAUUUCGCCUUCAACCGCUGCGGCUGGCCGAGCUGCCUUCGCCAACCAUCGAAAGUCGCGUUAAAAGCCAAUAAUUUCAUCAGAACUCGACCACCCAUCCACAUAGAAAUUCUAGCUGUAACGAUCUGACAUAAUGAAUUUGAAAAAUUCCAAAUUCUUUAAGCGCAUACAGGAGUUGCGUCGUCUCUCCAAAGAGAAAUUGCGAAUGGAAAAAAAUCGUGGCACGCGUAUCGAUGUCGUCUUGGAGAAUGCAUUGAAGGAGCGUAAUGGUCAUUGUGUGCGUAAGAGUAACAACGACGCGGAGGAGAAAGAGGAACGGAAGGAAUAUCAUAAUACACAUGAACUUACUGCGGAAAGCGAAGCCAUUUCCGAUGGCCUUAUACAAUUGAAUAAUGUGUGCUUCCGCUUGAAAUGCGGCAAUACGCCGAAAUCAUCACUGGCAGCACGAGACGAUAUGCCAAUUAUACCUAAAAUCAAAGGUAGCAUCUGCGUAUCUAAUUCGCGCUUCAGCAUAAUUGGUCGCGUAUCCAAAGCAUUGGGUUUUAAAUUAGUUAAAGAAGGCAAACUUUGGAAUAUUUUGUGGACAGACUCAUUGCCCGGAGUAGAAUUGUACAAGAGCAUGAAGCGUUUCCAACAAAUCAACCACUAUCCAGAUAUGAUGGAGAUUUGUCGCAAAGACUUGCUCUCGCGCAAUUUGAAUCGCAUGCUGAAAUUAUUUCCACGCGAUUAUAAAAUAUUUCCGAAAACAUGGAUAUUUCCAGCUGACUAUGGCGAUGCUAUAAAUUAUGCCAAUAAUAAUAAUUUUAAAAGCAAACCGGCAACAUUUAUUAUCAAACCAGAUUCGGGUGCGAUGGGUCGCGGAAUUUGGCUGACGAACGAUUUGAAAUCCAUAAAUCCCUCGGAGCGAAUGAUUUGUCAGACUUACAUUAAUAAGCCGCUUUUGAUUGAUGGCUACAAGUUCGAUCUACGCGUCUAUACGCUUAUCACCUCAGUAGAUCCAUUGCGUAUCUUUGUUUACAACGAAGGCUUGGCACGCUUUGCCACCAACAAAUAUGUUGAGCCGACGACGGAGAAUAGCUGCGAUCUAUUCAUGCAUCUCACCAACUAUUCGGUGAAUAAGCGCAGCUCCCAAUAUGAUUUGUGCGACAACGAUGACUGCGGCAGCAAACGCAAGUUCAGUGCCAUCAACAAUUGGUUGCGUCGGCACAAUCACGAUGUUGACGGAUUUUGGGCUAAUAUCGAUGACAUUAUAAUCAAAACGGUGCUCAGCGCAUGGCCAAUGCUCAAGCACAACUACCAUGCCUGUUUUCCGACGCAUGACAAAAUACAAGCGUGCUUCGAGAUACUCGGCUUUGAUAUUUUAGUCGAUUCAAAACUGAAACCAUACGUCCUCGAAGUGAAUCACUCGCCGAGCUAUCACACACACGAGCUCGUCGAUCGGCAAGUGAAGAAGGCGUUGAUACGAGACACGCUAUUGAUGGUUAGCACGCCCUUGGCCGACAAGAAGCAGAUACUACGCGAGGAUCGUAAGCGUAUCAAACAGCGAUUGCUCAAAUUGAAGCAAUGUGAUACCAGAAUAUUGAACUCGAAUCCGCGUCAAACAACGCCUAUCGAUUUCAACAACGCAUCAGCGUCUGCAGACAAUGAGUCAUCACCGCAAGAAGAUGCAUCACAGGAUGCCGGACUGAGCGCGCUUUCACAACAAAUUGCUUGGGAAGAGAGCCAUUUGGGAGAUUUUCGUCGUAUUAUGCCACCACAAGAUCCCGAACGGCUAAACUAUUACUGUCAAUUUUAUGCGCUGCAGAAUCAAGCGUCAAUUUACAGCGAAACAGCUGCAAGUAAGAAGCGUGAAGAGGUUGCAAAGAAAUUGCGUCUGGAAAUCGAAAAAAGACGACAGCAUCAAUUGGAAGUGCUCUCAGGCCAGCGACGUCACAUGAAGCUUCAAGAACGCCGUCGUAAACGUGCACUGACCGAACGUCAUCGAUUGACACGCUAUCGCGCGCAAGAGAAUUGGACACCAGGCUUUAUAUCGGAAGCGGAAGAACGUUUGCGUCGCACAUGGAUGCAGAUGCGCAGCGAAAUGUUGCGCAACAACAAAAUUGUGCAGAUGAUAUACCAAGACUUCUAUAACGGCGGCAAUCUAACUAAUGCGGAUAUCGUCAUCUAUCCGGAAUUAUAUCGUUGUUUAGAGCGUGGCGCUGAUAUUAUGAGUGACAACUAAAUUUCGCAAAUAAUUGUUAGAUCCAAAUGAAUGAGAUCGAAUAUCAAGCGUGAUCCAAGUCAAUUUUGCUCAACUAAUCGGUGGUGAGUGUGAUUUUAUGUUGGCGAUACUAAGCGUUCCAUAAUGCUAUACCCGUACUUUUGUAUGUCUAUAUGUUCGUCCAUGUCUGAUGUUGCCUUUUGAUUGUUUUUGUAUUCAAUGUAAUGUGACCCAUAUUUAAGGCGGUCUUUUCCAUUGACAAUAUUCAUUUCUCAACCACAUACGUGUUGUUUUCAAUAGAAAUUUUUGUACGUCAUUAUACCUAUUUUAUCGUAAUUUGUGUUCGUAACGCAAUAAAACAG